GGGUAUACCUAUGGUCUUCCUGGAACAUUUAAUUUCAAUGGCGCAAAAUAUAAUGCAUCGACUCAGGGGAUUGUGCCCAUCAUCGAGGGUUAUUCUGGCUCGGAUGGAGUUCCAGGUGCCAACGGAACCCGUCUCGGGUUUUCUGGUGGGAAAGUUGUAGUCAACACAGGACCAAUACUGGGAAAACAUACCUAGCGUGACUAUCCUCAAGGCUUCAGCAGGAAUUAUUCCAUGUGGCAGCAAGGGUUAACAGCCUAUGUCAGCUGCCAGCCCAUUGACGCGAGUCAAACGCAGUGUGUUUGGAACACGACUAACUCCAGUAUUAUCUAUAUCAACCCAGCUCCUUCGAACAAUUCCAUCAAUAGGUCUUCGCCUGUGGAAUGUAUCUGCAAACUGCGUCGCCAACAUGCCCAUGGCGCAACAAUACGUGACCUUGGUGGAUGCAAGUGGAAAUGCGAGCCUGUCAGGGAGUGGCUUUCUUCCUUCAGUUGUGUGCCCGGGGCCCAUGAAUAUGAAUCAAACUUAUUCAAGCCUUACAAUUCUUUCACAAGGAUUUUAUAAGUAUAGGUUCCUCGACGCAAGCAUAUGUGAAGUGACCCCACUGCUGACCACAGUCCGCGCCAAUUAUUCCAACGACCUAAUUUCUUCCGAGGUCAAUUCAUCUACCCCUUUCCGGCCAGAGAAUGUUCAGCUACUGUCAUUCAUCGCUGGAGUUGUCAAGUUCCAGUCGAUGAACUCGCAGGGGCUUUCGAGCAGCGUGAUCGGAGAUACUCUGUACUCCAUCUAUUCCUCGACAACUAACACAUCUAUCGAUAACAAUCUUGGAAAUCAGACGCAGGUUUACAAAGAGCUGGAGGAGUACUGGCGUGGCGUUAUCGAGUUUUCUGCCACAUUCCUUCGCUCCGGGUUUAUGGUUGUGGGUAGCUUCCCUGAUAAUACGAUCCCCAACAACCUCUCCUCCCCAGUGAACGGAACAAUGUACAUAUCGACAAUAGGUUGGACUCGGCGUUCGGUGACAUAUCUUCUUGCUAUCCUUCCCAUCACCAUCACCGCCAUCUUCACACUCGCUUGUGCUUUGUACAGUAUCUUCAAAGAGGGACGGUAUCGUUAGGGCCACAUUCGAUCCUUCAAACAUCCUCCAUCUCAUUAUGGCAUCCGCUGCCAUGGAUCUGAAA